CAUGAAUCCAGAAUAGCGUUUGCUUGGCCAUCAAAACGUGUUUCACGGUAAAGGAGCCUGAUCCUUGAGGCUUUUCCAGUCAACUCAUACUGCCCCAUAUUACAAAACAUAUACUAUAAUGCAAGAUCAGCAAGUAGGAUUGGUGAUGUUGUUGGUGGCAACUUUGAUAUUCAUAUAUUACACAAUCUGGACGUUUGUCACGCCAUUCCUGGACGAUGACAGCAUCAUUCAAAACUUCUUCUUACCAAGGUACUACGCAAUUGCUUUGCCGGUUGUCGCAUUGAUUGUCGGUAUAUCUAUUGUUGCCACUUUUGUCGGUCUGGUCAUUGUGAAAUCAGUGCAAAAGAAAAAAGGUAAGAAAAAUUGAUCUGAAACGUCAAGUACGUUCAUUUCCGAAUAGUCAAUUGUUCUCGUUUCAGCAUCUCAUAAGUCUACGGAAUAAUUUUCUUUCAGUAUAUUUGUUGCGUCAAUGAAUAUGUAUAUUUAUACAAAUGUAAUGUAAGAUUUCUAACAUUUCCUUAAAUCGUUAUCUCUUCACCAUUUUCUGAAACUAACAGCUACGAGGAUAAACACAAUCGGAGAUGAGAAUAGCUCUGCUGCUGGCAGUAAUUCCAGGAGAACGGAUUAGUUAUGCAUGGCAGGGAGGAAGGAAGGUCUUCAUUAUUCAUCAACUUUUCUUUAAAAUUCAUAAAAAAUAUAAGCUAAUGCCAGCACCCAUGCUGGGAGUCGAACCCAGAAUCUUUUGAUUAGAAGUCAAACGCGUUAACCAUUACGCUACACGGGCAUUGCUUGCACAAAAAAGA